AUUCAUUUUUUUGUUGACACUUAGUAACAAUCAACAAAUUGAUGGUUACAGUUGUACUUAAUCAUCUUUAAACCCUGUUAAUUAUACAAUGUAAUUAAGUACUUAAUGUAGAUCAUAUUGGAACAAUUAAUUAAAUUAUUGUGAUUACAUUUCGAUUAUAAUUAAGGUUCCAUCUGUUCAAGUCUUAAUCUUGUAACAUCAUCACCUUUUUUUUAACCAACAUCAUCAUCAUAAUUGUUUCAUUCUGUGUUUUUUUAUCAUGAUUUUAAUUUAGUUUUAACUGUUAAUUGUUUUUAUUUAUCGAAUUAAAUAUGUGUUCAAUUGUGAAACAAAUUUUAAUUCUAAUUGUGGUAAUAUGUAAAUGUGAUUCUAGUCCAAGAUUAUUGAAUGACUUGGAUCAACCAUCAUCAUCAUCGGUUAAUCAACUGAAUUAUGUUGCUGGUCAUGGUGGAGGUGGUAAAGGUGGUGAUGGCGUUAAUUCAGUUAUAUUAUCAAAUUCUAGAGAGUCUAGAUUAACUAAAUCUGUUAAGAAGAAUCUUAAUUCUUUCAAAUAUUCGGUGACUCCAAAAUGGCCGGUCACAGAUCAUCAGUUGGGUCAAAUAUCCGCUGUUUCCAUUGAUUCAAAGGGCAAUAUUGUUAUUUUUCACCGAGGAUCACACGUAUGGAAUGAAAAGAGUUUCAAUAUAUUCACCAAUAAAUAUCAACCAAUUGAAGAUGGACCGAUUAAUAUUAGUACUGUUCUUGUAAUUGAGCCUAAAACAAUGCAAAGUGUUAAUGGUUGGGGUGCUGAUUUUUUCUUUCUACCUCAUGGAUUAACCUUUGACACUAAAGGAAAUGUUUGGCUAACCGAUGUUGCCCUUCAUCAGAUAUUCAAAUUUCCUGCUGAGGGAAGUGACAAGCCAACAUUGGUAUUAGGAGAGCGAUUUGUUCCCGGAAACGAUGAGAAACAUUUCUGUAAACCAACAAGUGUCGCGAUUGACUCUCGAAACGGUGAUUUCUAUGUAGCCGAUGGAUAUUGUAACUCUCGAAUUGCAAGGUUUAAUUCUGCGGGUGUUUUUCUUAAUCAAUGGGGACAAGCUGAUACAACUUCCAGUCAACUUUUGCCCAAUUUUUUCAGUAUUCCUCAUAAAGUUAUCCUGGCCGAGGAAUUGAAUUUAGUCUGUGUCGCUGAUCGAGAACACGGGAGAAUUCAAUGUUUCACUCCACCUAAUGGCCAAUUCGCUUUCUCUAUAACUCACAAUGAAUUCGCUGGUAGACUUUUCUCAAUUUCGUAUUCACCUUAUCAAGGUGGAGUCCUUUUCGCCGUCAAUGGAGCCUUCACAAUUAAAGAUCCAGUGAAAGGAUUUCUCUUCAACCUAACAACCCGUGAACUAUUAACUUCAUUUGGAAAUUUCUCACAGCCUCAUGAUAUUGUUUCCACUGCGGAUGCAAAAAAUGUCUAUGUAGUUGAAAUUGGACCAAAUUACCUUUGGAGAUUUGAUAAAGAAGUGCCAAUAGAUUUAACUAAUACGCUUCAAUCUUCAGAUAAUCAAAUUAAUAUCGACGAUAAAUCAACUAAAUUAGCUUCACCAUUAAAAGAUUCAACUGAUGCCUUGUCAACAAACAAAAGUAGAAAAUUUUUUCUUCCAAAAUUACCGCUCAUUCCAACGUCUUUUUCAUCAAGUAAUUCAGUGAUUAUUAUAUUAAUCCUCUCGACGAUUAUAUUAAUCAUUUUAAUCGCCUUUUUAAUCAAUCGACGUCGAGAUUAUCGGCCUAACAGUUAUUCACCAUUACAAGAAAUUAAAGGCUGGGUUACUGGUUAUCGAUCAACUAAAAAUGAAUUAAAUCUUGGUCGUAUUCUUAACGAUCCUAAACGAUCAGGAUUCAAUAAAUUGGCCAUGGAUGAUAGUGAUAAUGAAACUGAAUUAAUUAAUGGUGAAAUUCACAGUGAAUCUGAAGUAGAGGAGUUUAAUGUUAGCUCUGUAAGGAAAAUUUAAUUUUACCAACCAAUCAACAACCACAAUAAUCAUCAUCAUCACGACAAAUUGACUAUUUUAAUCAUCUCAUGAUGAUAUAACAAUUAUCUUCUUAAAUUUGUUAUAUCAACUCAUUAUCAAUUUCCCUUGUUAAUUAGUUAAUUCAUGAUAACUAAUAUAACAAAAUGUAAAUAUUAUUAUUAUGAAAAAUAUUAUAUGGAAAUCAAUGUGAUCUCAUUACCACCUAAUUAAUAUUGAUUAAUAAUUUUGGUUGGUGUGUGCUUUUUUUUAAAUUGUAUCUUUCAUUAUUUAUCAUCAUCAUCACCAUGAAGACAACAAUUAACUCCGAUUGUCUAGCAAUUAACCAAUUGCAAUCUUUUAUACUACUACAUCAAAAAUGAGGAAAAAUCAAACAAAAGACUAAUCAUCAAUCACCAAUCAAUCGUAUUGGUUUUUAAUUAUUAUUAUUAUCUCUUCAAUAAUAUAUAAUAAUUACAAUUACUCAACAAUUUAACGAAGAAACAAAAUCUCAUUUUAAUUGUAAACAAUCAAAAAGUUAUUCUAACAAAUGACAAAAUUGUUUCAUCGGCGUUUCAUCAUCAUCAUCUCUCCUCUCUCUCUCUCUCUCUCUCAUUCAAUGUUUGCUUCUUUUUUAUUUUGAUAAUCCUCAUUAUCUACUAAUUUGGGCCAAGCAAUUAAAAUUUUAUCUAAUUAAAAGAUGAAAGAAAAACAUUAUCAAAGAAUAAGUUUCAUUAAUAAAAAUUAUUUCUAAAAUUUAA